CGAAGCAACCGAAGUCCUCUCUACACACUACACUUACGCAGCUUUCCUCUCUACACGUUUUCUGCUUUCCUCUCUCGAAAACCUCCUCGUUCCUCUCAACCAUGGCUCAAACAGAUAACUCAACCAAAACACUCAAAUUCCUCUACAGCUACGGCGGAAAAAUCGUUCCCCGCUCUACCGACGGCAAACUCCGCUACACCGGCGGAUCCACUCGCGUCCUCGCCGUCGAUCGCUCCAUUUCAUACGCAGAACUGUUGGUGAAAUUCGUUGAAUCGUGUGGAUCUUCAAUGAUUUUGAAGUGCAAGCUGCCGACGGAGGAUCUAGACGUGUUAGUUUCAAUCAAAUCGGACGAAGAAUUACGUAUUGUGAUCGAAGAGUACGAAAGAGUUUCGCCGGAAUCGAAGAUCAGAGCCGUUUUGUUUCCGUUGAAAUCAGUGAAGAAAAUCUCGCAGCCGCCGUCUCCGGUAUCCUGUUUCGAUUUCCCCUCUGUUUCGAAACCCUAUGUCGCGGUCGCGGCGGUUGCCCAGCACUUCCAGAGAAAUCCGCCGCCGCGGUAUCAGAAACAUACGGCGGCGUACCGGUAUUCGUCUCCAGUAAUCGGAUAUCCCGUCCCCGCCGCAGCCACCGUGAAUAAUUACUGCCACGAUGCGAGGAAUUCGAGGCAUAUUCACAAUUUGGCGAGAAGGAUUUACACUCAAUAGUUGUUGGAAUGAAAAGAGGGGAAAAGAGAAGAAGUUGUUUCUAUUUUUUUCUUGACGUGCUUCUUUUUUUUUCUCUUUAUUGAACAUAAACGGGGAAGAAAUAAAAAAACAUAUGAAUGUACAAACGAUUUUAUUUUUUUUAUCUGGUAAUUUAUUCUUAAUAAAGCCAGCUGCCGCUAACUAAUUUUCCGUCAUCCCCGCUUCUUCGUAUUCUCCGGCGUUGCGUGGUGUACACGCGAGCAAUUCGUUGUGCAGAUAGGCGCGUGUGUUCAUGAUAGGGCAAAAUAACCGGUUAAUAUGCCAUUUAAUUUAUUUUUACGAUUUUUAA